AUGAGGGCAACAGCCCCUCCAUAUCUCACAGGUGAACAGCCUCCUCCUCAUCUCACAGGUGAACAACAUCUUCCAUUUCUCACAGGUGAACAGCCUUCUCCAUAUCUCACAGGUGAACAGCCUCCUCCACAUCUCACAGGUGAACAGCCUCCUCCUCAUCUCACAGGUGAACAGCCUUCUCCUCAUCUCACAGGUGAACAGCCUCAUCUCACAGAUGAACAACAUCUUCCAUUUCUCACAGGUGAACAGCCUUCUCCACAUCUCACAGGUGAACUGCCUCCUCCUCAUCUCACAGGUGAACAGCCUCCUCCUCAUCUCCCAGGCGAACAGCCUCCUCCUCAUCUCACAGGUGAACAGCCUCCUCCUCAUCUCCCAGGCGAACAGCCUCCUCCUCAUCUCACAGGUGAACAGCCUCCUCCUCAUCUCCCAGGCGAACAGCCUCCUCCUCAUCUCACAGGUGAACAGCCUCCUCCUCAUCUCCCAGGCGAACAGCCUCCUCCUCAUCUCACAGGUGAACAGCCUCCUCCUCAUCUCCCAGGCGAACAGCCUCCUCCUCAUCUCACAGGUGAACAGCCUCCUCCUCAUCUCCCAGGCGAACAGCCUCCUCCUCAUCUCACAGGUGAACAGCCUCCUCCUCAUCUCCCAGGCGAACAGCCUCCUCCUCAUCUCACAGGUGAACAGCCUCCUCCUCAUCUCCCAGGCGAACAGCCUCCUCCUCAUCUCACAGGUGAACAGCCUCCUCCUCAUCUCCCAGGCGAACAGCCUCCUCCUCAUCUCACAGGUGAACAGCCUCCUCCUCAUCUCCCAGGCGAACAGCCUCCUCCUCAUCUCACAGGUGAACAGCCUCCUCCUCAUCUCCCAGGCGAACAGCCUCCUCCUCAUCUCACAGGUGAACAGCCUCCUCCUCAUCUCCCAGGCGAACAGCCUCCUCCUCAUCUCACAGGUGAACAGCCUCCUCCUCAUCUCCCAGGCGAACAGCCUCCUCCUCAUCUCACAGGUGAACAGCCUCCUCCUCAUCUCACAGCUGAGCCCCCUCCUCCACAUCUCACAGGUUAA